AAUACAGAACACAACAAAACUGUAACGUUUUCCAGCGAGGCAGGCCAGUUUGUGUACAACACUCGCAGACUGAACUACGUGCUUUGUGGUGAUACGGCGAAAAUUGCGAAAAUUGUUUGCCGUGCAAGAGGAACGUACGUGCGUUUUAACGUGUGUGUUUAAGUUUUAAAUCUUGAGUUUAUGUUUCUUUGUGUACUCUGGCAAAGCGUAAAAGAAGCAAAAGGAUUUAAAGUCAAAUAAUUUCAACUAACUAAAGUGUGUGAAAUAUUUGCAGUGUAUUUUAUGCUUAAAUGCUUGAUAAACGUUGAGGACAUAUCCUUGCCGUGAAUAUUCAUUUGCAAACAAUUUAAAAAAUAUAAAAUAAAAAUUAAAAGAAACUAUGGCGCAAGAAGUACCAGCGCGUGGCAGCAUUUUAGGCAAAUGCCUACCAGCACGAUAUGUACUUGCCAUUCUCGGUUCUAUUGGUAUGGCCAUUAUUUAUGGGCUGAAGGUAAAUCUUAGUGUUGCUAUGGUGGCUAUGUUAAAUCAUACUGCUAUCGGACACAGUUCUCAUGACGCUCCUUUACUAAUAGUCGAUAAUACAACUUCCAUUGUUACUGCUGCAACUGUUGAUGAAGUGGAAAUAUGUCAAAGUCCCGAUGCCGAGACAAAUGGCACAACAACAAUACAAGAUGGUCCAUUUAUUUGGAGCGAACCACUACAGGGCACAUUACUGAGUUGUUAUUUCUGGGGCUAUCUCGUAUCACAAAUACCCGGUGCACGCGUUGCAGAAAAUUACUCUGCUAAAUGGGUUAUGCUGUUCUCCGUAGCCAUCAAUGUUAUUUGCACUCUACUGACACCAGUUCUUACUAAAGCUCACUAUGUCGGUCUUAUUGCGAUGCGUGUACUUGAAGGUAUCGGUGGCGGCGCUACAUUCCCGGCUAUGCAUUGUAUGAUUGCCGCUUGGGCACCACCCAACGAACGUUCUGUGAUGUCAACAAUUAUUUAUGUGGGUACUUCUUUCGGUACUGCUAUUUCGAUAUUGCUAGCUGGUCUGUUAUCAGGCAGCUAUGGCUGGGAAUCGGUAUUCUACGUUAUGGGUGGUCUUAGCUGCAUCUGGAUGUUAUUAUGGGUUAUAUUGGUGCAGGAUAAUCCAAAUAAGCAAACCUUUAUCAGUUUAGAGGAACGACAAAUGAUAACCUCGCAACUGGGCACAAUGCAAGCCGAAGGCGCACCAGCCAAAGAAGAACACCCACCUGUGCCAUGGGGAAAAGUUUUGACGUCCGUGCCAUUUUUAGCCAUUUUAAUUGCUCACUGCUGCAGCAAUUGGGGUUGGUAUAUGUUCCUUAUUGAAAUUCCAUUCUACAUGAAACAAGUAUUGGCAUUUAACGUCUCAAGCAAUGCCGUCGCUAGUGCAUUGCCAUACUUCCCUAUGUUAAUUUUCAGUAUUAUUUUGGGUAAAACUUUGGAUGCACUUAAAGCAAAACAAAAAAUUACUACUACUAUUGCGCGCAAAACGGCCACAUCCAUUGCUACUGUAAUACCUGGUAUCUGUCUAUUGAGUUUAUGUUACAUUGGCUGUAAACACACUGCUGCUGUUGUUCUAAUGUGUUUCGGUAUAAUUGGCAUGGGUGGUAUGUUUUCCGGUUUUCUCUCCAAUCAUAUUGAUAUUGCUCCCAAUUAUGCUGGUACUUUGGUAGCACUCACUAAUACAGCAGCUACUUUGCCUGGUAUUAUUGUUCCACUAUUUGUUGGUUUCAUUACAAAAGGAAACCAAAAUAUAAACGCCUGGCGCAUUAUUUUCUUCGUUACUAUUGUACUCUUUAUUAUAGAAUUCUUGGUAUUUGUCAUUUUCGGUUCCGGCGAAGAACAAUCUUGGAACAAGCGAACAGUGUCGAAAGACACGGAACGCGCCGAUCAGGAUGAGUCCACUCCUUUGAAACCUACUACCGUAACAACACCCAGCAAAAAUAAUGGAGCAUAAAUCUACUUAAUGCAAUUU